ACAUUUCAUUAAAAAAAAAAACCUCUACGCAUUUUGAUACAGAUGUGAGUUCUUUCUAAAAUCUUCUAUACCUUAAUAUCAAACUCUCAGCCCCAAAUCCUAUCACCUCUCCACCCCUUCUCCUCACAACCCACCACCCUUCCACCUGCCGCCACCAUCCCACCGUCGCACCCCUUCCACCGUCGCACCCCUCCCAACUUCGCACACCUCCCACCGUCGCACUCCUCCCACCGUCGCACACCCUCCCAACGUUACACAACCUCCCACCAGCCGCCAUCGUCAACAAUAGGUAGCUUGCAGAAGUUGAAAACAGUCUUCUUCUUCUUGCAGAUUGCGGAGGUUUGGUCCACCUCUUCUGGUUCAGAUGUCUACAGAUGUGGUCCGCAUACUGCAGCAGACAUUUUACCUCUGAAAAAAAACAAACAACACCUAGUUUUACUGCAAUUCUCUGCAUCUCUUCAACUUCAAAUCGAGUUGGGUCCGGUUUGGUACCCGAAUUAACAACUAAUUGGGCACCCAAGUGUUGACUAAAACAUGGGUACAUACCUCAGCACUCCUAAAACAGACAAGCUAUCUGAAGACAGUGAGAAUGAACGGGUCAGAUUUGGUUUAUCAUCAAUGCAAGGAUGGCGCGUAACAAUGGAAGAUGCUCAUGCGGCGCUUCCUGAUCUGGACCACACUACGUCUUUCUUUGGUGUAUACGACGGUCAUGGAGGUGCAACAUUGUUGAGUAAAGUUGUUGCUAAGUUUUGUGCAAAGUAUCUUCAUCAACAAGUGCUCAAGCAGGAAGCAUAUUCUACGGGUGAUAUCGAAACCUCUGUACGAAAGGCAUUUAUCAGAAUGGAUGAGAUGAUGCGUGGACAAAGAGGGUGGAGGGAAUUAUCAAUUUUAGGAGAUAAAAUAAACAGAUUCACGGGUGCGAUCGAGGGCCUUAUAUGGACUCCUAGAGGUGGAGAAGCAAGCAGCAAGAUUGAUGACUGGGCUUUUGAGGAGGGACCUCAUUCUGAUUUCACAGGACCAACAUCUGGAUGUACAGCAUGUGUUGCAAUCAUGAGGAACAAUCAACUCGUUGUUGCAAAUGCCGGUGAUUCUCGUUGUGUUAUUUCCAGAAAAGGCGAGGCAUACAAUCUUUCUAGAGAUCACAAGCCCGCGCUUGAGGUUGAGAGGGAGAGGAUACUAAAAGCAGGUGGAUUCAUUCAUGCAGGCCGAGUUAACGGCAGCCUCAAUCUUACAAGGGCUAUAGGUGAUAUGGAAUUUAAGCAGAACAAGUUUUUAUCUGCUGAAAAGCAGAUAGUAACUGCUAAUCCUGAAGUCAACGUUGUUGAGCUAUGUGAAGAUGAUGAGUUUCUUGUGUUGGCAUGCGAUGGUAUCUGGGAUUGCAUGACGAGCCAACAAUUAGUGGAUUUCAUUCAUGAACAGUUGAAAUCAGAAAGUAAACUUUCAAGAAUCUGUGAGAGAGUGUUUGAUAAAUGUUUGGCACCGUCAACAUCUACAGGCGAGGGAUGUGACAACAUGACUAUGAUCUUGGUGCAGUUCAAGAAGCCAAUUCAGUCACCUGUUUCUGCAGAAGAAGUAGAUGAUAAACUAAAAACUGCUGGUUGAAUAAAGCUAAAUCAAUGUUAAAAGUAAAACAAAUUAAACUUUAGUGUUUUGUGUGUGUAAUACAUUGUAUAUAUCGAAAUAACACUGCCAGAAACCAUUCCGACUUUUUAGUUUUCUGUUUGUAUUUUUUUUUCAUAUUCUGGUUUCGGUUUGAAUGUAAAGGAAGAGUCAUUUUGUUUGUUUCUAGCAACAACUUGCUUGAGAA